AAGUCGAACAGUUCCAGAACACAACGCGUAGGAAUAUCACUUAUCCAGGAUUAUUGAUUUCAUUCUUCAAGAUGAAGUCAAUGCGAUUACUAAUACUUCUGACGUUCAUUUUAUAUGAAACACAGUGUGCGCCAAGUAUAAAACCCUUGACGUUUUUAAAGUCCUUGUUAUCAAAACAUUUACCAUCAAUUACUGAACAGCCGCUUCCUGAAGAAGAAAUAUACCCCGCGUAUAAAUGUGAACCUGUCGAAGAAGGUGCCAUCGACGAUGAAGUUAUUGAUUGGAAUCGCCAAGUGUUUAUGGUGAAUGAUAAACCUAUUUUAAUAGAAGUCGGAAACGUUCAACCAAUUCAAAAUGUAAAUCACGAUGAAGUCGUUGAUGUAAACCCAGAAAUUAAUCCCGAAGUAAACUGUGAUGAAAAUACCGAAGUAGAUCUCGAAGUUAUUACCAAAGAUAACCUUGAACAAAAUGUUGAAUUAAGACCGGAAAUUGAAAAUAAGGAUGUGUAUGAUAAAGAUUUAAACACACAAUGGUUAUUGGGCGAGAACACGAGUGAAAGAUUACCGGAAAUCGAUGUGACUAUUGGUAAAAGUUCAAUCAAAGAUAAACUUAUCAAUAAAAUUAACGUAAUCAAAUCGAAGUUAAAAUUGAAAAACCGUCUAGUCAUACCGAUCGUAGAAUCGAUUGAGGAAAACAACAAUAAUGUCGAAAUAACAAGCGGAAAACCAAUCACCACUUUGGAACCCAUCAAACCCCCUUCCUCUACUGUACAAUACAUCACCACUACACUUCAAUAUAGCACAACUGCACAACCCAUUACUAGUACACAUCAAUAUAGCACAACUGCACGACCCAUUACCAGUACAUAUCAAUAUAGCACAACUGCACAACCCGUUACCAGUACACAUCAAUAUAGCACAACUUUACAACCCGUUACCAGUACACAACAAUAUAGCACAACUGUGCAACCAAUAAGCACUUCUGCACAACCAGUGCAAUACACUAGUACUGUAAAACCCGACGGUUAUACGCCCAACGUACAAGUAAAUGGCGGAAUCGAAUCUCAAGAACCGAUCAUCACUAUUCCCGCUCAGCAUCAAAUACCUCUGCAACAGCAACAAAUCUACAACUCAGACUCGAGUUAUCCACUGUGGCUUAAUAACUGUCCCCCACCUCUAUCCAAUCAAAUCUGUUUCCAUCAAAUUCCUUAUUACGCUCCCAGUCCAAUAUACACCAGUGCGUUGAACGCAAAUCAAUUCACUCUCGAAAACUUACCCUAUAACACACCCGACCGCCAAAAUAAAAAAAUCAACAGCGGAUUGACCAAAGUGAUUAACUACAUCAAAAUCGAUGCAACUCAACCAGUGCAGCAGAUCAAACCGAACCAAGACGAACAGUGGAUUCGUUAUACGUACGACGAUUCAAACCCCGUUUAUCAAAAUCCUUCUUAUUAUAUCUCUCAGCCUGCCAACUCAGAAUCACAGCCAGAAAGUGCAUUUCCUAGCUCAGAUGAUUUAUACUCCACGUCAACCAUGCAACCGAUCGUCGUGUAUCCUGUCGACGCCAAUAGUAAUGUACUACCUGUCAACCAAAUAGAUCAAACACAAUAUAAAUGGGAUCAGCUCUUAGAACCCGCAACGGUUAAUUCUAACGCUGAAGGCUCUAAAUACACGAUGCGGGGAGAUAUUCCAAUCGUUGAAGAUUUCAACCCCAAUACCAAUUACGAUCAAUUAGAAGGAGACAGCGCUAAAUACACGUUGAAAGAACGCAGACACGUAGGUCACUACAAUGAGUUGGUGUCCAAGAAAACCAAUCAGAAAAUGCCGAUUCCAGUAUCGGAAAUCUCUUCCGGUAAACCGGUAACUGAACUAGCUGAAACCGAAACUAAAGCCAAUAAAAUUGAAAUUCCUGCAGCCACUGAAACUAAAAUAUCAACCACCAAAAUCAUCGAAACGCCUGUCACUAAAAUUGAAAAACCUGUCGUCAAAAUUGGAACACCUGCAAUUACUGUAACCGAAACACCGCAUCCUAAAUCAAACAACGUCAACACGGGCGUUUAAUAUAAUAUUCAUGGAUGCCAAAAUUAAAGUGAUUUAAUCAUUGAUUUCACUACAUGUAAAUUAUCUUAUUUAUUUUGACUCAAUAAACAUUUAAAAAAAUUAUA